AUGUGUCCUAGACCUAGAGAGGUCCCAGGACACGCCACUGUCCCGCCUUCCCCACUGCCCGCCCCACUGGCCAGUCCCCACGCCCACACACCCAAGGCUGCCCCAUCUGGCACUGAUUAUCCUGCUGCUGCCGCCACCGCUGCUGCUGCUCUGCAAAAUUCAGCUGCUGCCUCUGUCUUGAGGACCCCAGCGCCUUUCCCCCAGGCCAUGCUGCCUGCAGCCACAGCCUCCCUCCUGGGCCCCCUCCUCACUGCCUGGGCCCUGCUGCCUUUUGCCCAGGGCCAGACCCCCAACUAUACCAGACCCGUGUUCCUGUGCGGAGGGGAUGUGAAGGGGGAAUCAGGUUACGUGGCAAGUGAGGGGUUCCCCAACCUCUACCCCCCUAAUAAGGAGUGCAUCUGGACCAUAACGGUCCCCGAGGGCCAGACUGUGUCCCUGUCAUUCCGAGUCUUCGACCUGGAGCUGCACCCCGCCUGCCGCUACGAUGCUCUGGAGGUCUUCGCUGGGUCUGGGACUUCCGGCCAGCGGCUCGGACGCUUUUGCGGGACCUUCCGGCCUGCGCCCCUAGUCGCCCCCGGCAACCAGGUGACCCUGAGGAUGACGGCGGAUGAGGGCACAGGAGGACGAGGCUUCCUGCUUUGGUACAGCGGGCGGGCCACCUCGGGCACUGAGCACCAAUUUUGCGGGGGGCGGCUGGAGAAGGCCCAGGGAACCCUGACCACGCCCAACUGGCCCGAGUCCGAUUACCCCCCGGGCAUCAGCUGUUCCUGGCACAUCAUCGCGCCCCCGGACCAGGUCAUCGCGCUGACCUUCGAGAAGUUUGACCUGGAGCCGGACACCUACUGCCGCUACGACUCCGUCAGCGUGUUCAACGGAGCCGUGAGCGACGACUCCCGGAGGCUGGGGAAGUUCUGCGGCGACGCAGUCCCGGGUUCCAUCUCCUCCGAAGGGAAUGAACUCCUUGUCCAGUUCGUCUCAGAUCUCAGUGUCACCGCUGACGGCUUCUCAGCCUCCUACAAGACCCUGCCGCGGGGCACUGCCAAAGGGCAAGGGCCCAGCCCCAAACCGGGAACUGAGCCCAAAGUCAAGCUGCCCCCCAAGUCCCAACCUCCAGAGAAAACAGAGGAAACUCCUUCAGCCCCUGAUGCACCCACCUGCCCAAAGCAGUGCCGCCGGACAGGCACCUUGCAGAGCAACUUCUGUGCCAGCAGCCUGGUGGUGACUGCGACAGUGAAGUCCAUGGUUCGGGAGCCAGGGGAGGGCCUCGCCGUCACUGUCAGUCUUAUUGGUGCUUAUAAAACUGGAGGACUGGAUCUGCCUUCUCCACCCACUGGUGCCUCCCUGAAGUUUUACGUGCCUUGCAAGCAGUGCCCCCCCAUGAAGAAAGGAGUCAGUUAUCUGCUGAUGGGCCAGGUAGAAGAGAACAGAGGCCCCGUCCUUCCUCCAGAGAGCUUUGUGGUUCUCCACCGGCCCAACCAGGACCAGAUCCUCACCAACCUAAGCAAGAGGAAGUGCCCCUCCCAACCUGUGCGGGCUGCUGCCUCCCAGGACUGAGACGCAGGCCAGCCCCGGUCCCUAGCCCUCAGGCCUUCUUUCUUAUCCAAAUAAAUGUUUCUUAACGAGGA